GCGACCACUGAGCGAGUGGUUUAGGCCAAGAUAUCUUCGCAUCGUGACGGAUUAAAUAAACGCGCGUGUCUUCAAAAACGGUUAACAAAAAAGUGAAGGUGCGAUUGUGGAUAUUCCAGGAUAUUUCUGUAAUAAUAAUAUCCAAGUUAAACCGAAUUUGAUGGUAUACCAUCCUUCAAAAUAAAGCUUAUUCGAAUCUCGAGCAGCUGGAUACCCAAGUUUACCUCCGUUUUUUCUGCGUGUGUGUAUGUGUGUUUGUGUGUGUCGCCGUUGCAAAUUUUUAUAAGUGAAAAAUUCCAACAACGUUGCAACCAAGAGCAACAACCAGCUACAAGCCAUAUAUACAAGAGCGAAAAAUGAGGCAAAACACGUUUUGCUGAAGGAAAAAAAAUACAACAAAAAAAAAAUAUGUUGCGUACAUGUGUGUGUGUGCCCCCGUGCGUGUAACUGUGUGUGUGCACCGCCGUAUUCGUGUGUGUAUGUGUGUGUUAGCCCACCAACACCAAAAUGCAUGUAAAAAUGUGAAGAAAAAUGGCGACAGGCGACAAAUCAAGAAAUCAUUCUAAGAUGCCUUCUGAGUGUGCGCAACAAGACAAGACAUCCAAGAAAAGUGCAACGAACAAAAUAAGUGCAAAAUAAAUAGUAGAAUAGACAUUAUUGUCUCCAUCCAAAGAUGGAGAGGUUCCUGCUCCUGUUAUUCCUGCUGCUGGCCAGGGAAUCCCUGUGCCAAACAGGCGGUGGUGACACCAAACUUGAGCUACUGGCACCGCGUGGCCGCAGUUAUGCCACAACCUAUGAACAAUAUGCCGCCUUUCCCAGACGCAGGAGCUCGUCGCCGUCAUCGGGUGAGAUGCAAUCCCGGGCCGUGGACACCAGUGCCGACUUCGAGGUGCUCGAGGGUCAACCGAGAGGAACCUCAGUUGGUUUCAUACCCACCAAGCCAAAGUUCUCGUAUCGCUUCAACGAACCGCCACGGGAAUUCACGCUGGAUCCGGUGACGGGUGAGGUGAAGACCAAUGUGGUGCUCGAUCGGGAGGGAAUGCGCGAUCACUACGAUCUGGUGGUGCUCUCCUCACAGCCCACUUACCCGAUUGAAGUGAGGAUCAAAGUGCUGGACGUGAAUGACAAUUCACCGGAGUUUCCCGAACCCAGCAUUGCCAUAUCCUUCUCGGAAAGUGCCACAUCCGGCACUCGGUUACUGCUCGAUGCCGCCACUGAUGCGGAUUUCGAAGAGAAUGGUGUGACGGAUCAGUACGAGAUUGUGGCCGGAAAUGUGGACAAUAAAUUCCGGCUGGCUACCACGGCCAAUCCCAGUGGCGAUAACUCUUAUUUGCAUUUGGAAACCACUGGUAAUCUCGACCGGGAAUCACGUGGCAGCUAUCAACUGAAUAUCUCCGCCCGAGAUGGAGGUUCGCCACCGCGAUUUGGCUAUCUGCAAGUGAAUGUCACCAUCCUGGAUGUCAAUGACAAUCCCCCAAUAUUCGAUCACAGUGAUUAUAAUGUUUCCCUAAAUGAAACUGCUUUGCCGGGAACUCCAGUUGUGACUGUCAUGGCAUCGGACAAUGAUUUGGGCGACAACAGCAAGAUCACCUACUAUCUGGCCGAAACGGAGCACCAGUUCACAGUGAAUCCGGAGACCGGAGUGAUUUCCACCACAGAGCGUGUUAACUGUCCACCGCAAACGAACUCGAAGAGCUCUUCCAACCAGAAAAGCUGUGUCUUUACGGUAUUUGCCAGAGAUCAUGGCUCUCCCAGACAGGAUGGUCGCACCUAUGUGACUGUCAAUCUCCUGGACACCAACGAUCACGAUCCCAUCAUUAGUUUUCGCUACUUUCCGGAUGGCGGCAAAGUGGCCACCGUGGAUGAGAAUGCUGUAAAUGGUACUGUGGUGGCCGCCGUGGCUGUUAAGGAUUCCGAUUCCGGUCUGAAUGGCAAGACAACGGUGCGUAUCGUUUCUGGCAAUGAACUGAGGCACUUUCGCCUCGAAGAAGCUGCCGAUUUGCAUAUUGUAAGGGUAAAUGCAGUCCUGGAUCGUGAGGAGAUUGGCAAAUACAACCUGACUGUGGUGGCCAUGGAUCAGGGUUCGCCAGCGAGGAUAACAACAGCCCAUCUUAUUAUAAACGUCAACGAUGUUAAUGAUCAUGAACCUGUCUUUGAAAAAUCCGAAUAUGCGGCCGUACUAAGUGAACUAUCACCGACUGGAAGUUUUGUGGCCUCAAUAACAGCCACGGAUGAGGAUACAGGCGUUAAUGCACAGGUUCACUAUGAAAUUUUAUCGGGCAAUGAACUGAAAUGGUUCUCCAUGGAUCCUCUGACAGGUUUGAUUGUGAGUGCUGGUCCUCUAGACAGAGAGAUACGUGACACCAUCGAACUGAGUAUUUCUGCAAGGGAUGGAGGUCCCAAUCCAAAAUUUGCCUAUACCCAGUUGAAGGUAAUUAUUCUGGAUGAGAACGAUGAGGCACCGCAGUUUAGCCAGAGUGAGCAGAAUGUGACUUUGGCCGAGGACUCGCCACCACAGACGAUUGUGGCUUUGAUGUCGGCCACCGAUCAUGAUCAGGGCACCAACGGUUCGGUGACCUUUGCCCUGGCGCCCAGCGUUGAACGCCUGUACCCGCGACAGUUCGCCCUCGAUGCGUUAACGGGCCAAUUAACAAUGCGCCUGCCCCUCGAUCGUGAGAAAAUGUCGCGCUACGAGAUUCCUGUGAUUGCCCGCGAUCAGGGAGCACCCACACCCCAGUCCGCAACGGCCACGGUUUACCUGCAAGUGGCCGAUGUGAACGAUAACGAUCCCGAAUUUUAUCCCAGACACUACAUCUACACUUUAAGCGAAGAUGAUAUCAAAGUUGGGGAGAAGGAGAAGGAGAUCGAAAAGGAGGAGAAGACGCUGCUCCAUGUCACGGCCUCAGAUCUGGACGAUGGUGAUAAUGCCUUAAUUGAGUACAGACUGGAGUCAGGUGGCGAGAAUCUCUUCCAGCUGGACUCGCGAUCUGGUGCCAUUAGCCUGCGUGGCGUUGUAACCACGAUGCACCUGAAACCCCACUACAAACUUCAAAUCUCGGCACGUGAUGCUGGGCAGCGGAGAAGCCAAAAGGAUGCCGUCGUAGAGAUUGUGCUGAAAUCCAAAUCGGAGUUGCUAGAAUGUGGUCACGGAGGGCAAGGUGGUUAUGAGUUCCAAAUGGUCGAGGAUCACGAGCAGCAGCGGCAAAAGCAACUCCAUCGCGAAGUGGGCGUCGUGCAGGUGAAGUCACCCAAAAAUCUACCCAUCGAAUAUGAUAUUAUCCAGGGAGACAAGGCACAGAAUUUCCAAAUUGAUACGCGAAGUGGUCGCAUCACCACCGCCCGCACUUUAGAUCGCGAAGAGCAGACACACUAUCGUCUGACCAUCUUGGCCAGCUCUACAGCCAGUUCCUCCAUCGUUUUAUAUGGCCAAUGCAUGGUGAAUAUAGCCAUAAUCGAUUUAAAUGAUAAUGCUCCAGUUUUCUCCUUGGAUCACGACUCAGAACCCACAAUUUGGUUGCCCGAAAAUGCGGCCGUUGGUCAGGAGAUCUAUUUAUCUAGAGUAAGAGAUCGAGAUGCAGGUGUAAAUAGUAGGAUAAGCUAUAGUCUUACCGUUAAUCCUGAAGAGCAGUUCCGCAUAGGAUCAGUCACUGGAGUUUUGUACCUUCAAAGGCCUAUAAGAGCGGAUCCGGGUUCAAUGAUUCAUGUGGAACUAAUGGCCACGGAUGCAGGAAAUCCGCCACUCUCCAGUAAAUUGAGUCUUUCGGUUUUCAUAGCCGAUGUUAAUGAUCAUACGCCUGUCUUCGAUCACACCUCGUAUGAAACUUCAUUGCCAGAGACCACAAAAGUAAAUACCCGCUUUUUUGCUUUGGCAGCUACGGAUAUUGAUUUGGGCGAAAAUGGUAGAAUCUCCUAUGAAAUCAUCGAGGGCAAUAAUGAACGCAUGUUUGGGGUAUUCCCCGAUGGUUUCCUCUUCGUAAGAGCUCCACUCGAUCGUGAGGAAAGGGAUUACUAUGCCCUAACAGUUUCUUGCCGGGAUGCGGGUCAACCAUCCAGAUCUUCGGUUGUGCCAGUGGUGAUUCAUGUCAUCGAUGAAAACGACAAUGCCCCGCAGUUUACCAAUAGCACAUUUACGUUUAGUAUUCCGGAGAAUGCACCUGCCGACACUUUUGUGGGUAAACUAACGGCUGUGGAUCGAGACAUUGGACGAAAUGCGGAACUAAGUUUUACUUUGUCCAGUCAAACGCAGGACUUUACCAUAGAUACAAGAAAUGGUUUUAUAAAGACUCUGCGACCUUUUGAUCGUGAGGCUCUGGUUAAAAUGAGCAGGAACUUGGAUACUGGCAGCGAAGAGGGAAACCUUAGGGGCUCCAUGGCUGGAAACUAUAUGCUGCUGGAGGCCACAGUUUCGGACAAUGGCAAUCCUCGGCUGCAGGACAAAGUCAAAGUGAAGGUGAUUGUCACCGAUGUUAAUGACAAUGCACCGGAAUUCCUACGUGCUCCCUAUUACGUGACCAUUUCCGAGGGUGCCUCCGAGGGAACGCACAUCACACAUGUCUUUACCCAAGAUGCCGACGAAGGUUUGAAUGGCGAUGUGUACUACACAUUGGCCAAGGGAAAUGAGGCGGGUCUGUUUAGUCUGGACAGUGCCACAGGUCAGCUUUCCCUGGCACGCCGUUUGGAUCGCGAAUCACAGGAGAUUCAUCACUUGACGGUUGUGGCCCGUGAUGCUGCCCUCAAACAUCCACUGAGCUCAAAUGCCAGCAUCACCAUAACAGUUCUGGACGAGAACGAUAAUGCCCCGGAGUUUACACAGUCGAGCAGUGAGGUUUCCGUUCUGGAGACAAGUCCAACUGGCACGGAACUGAUGCGCUUCAGAGCCAGCGAUGCGGAUCAGGGUGUCAAUAGCCAGGUGGUCUUCAGUAUAUCAGCUGGCAAUCGUCGUGACACUUUUCACAUCGACAGCAUUACAGGCAGCCUUUAUCUGCACAAGCUUUUGGACUACGAGGACAUUACAAGCUAUACUCUUAAUAUCACUGCCUCCGAUUGUGGUACUCCAUCGCUGUCCACCACUGUUUUAUACAAUGUACUGGUUGUGGAUGAUAACGACAAUCCACCGAUCUUUCCCAGCACUGCUAUAGUUCGUCAGAUCAAGGAGGGUAUUCCUCUGAAGACACCCAUUGUGACCGUGACUGCCGAUGAUCCAGAUUCGGGACUUAAUGGCAAGGUGAGCUAUGCCAUUAGCAGACAGGAGCCUCAACUUCCGCAAGGUCGGCACUUCGGCAUCAACACGGAAACGGGUGUGAUUCACACUCUGAGGGAGAUAGAUCGUGAGUCCAUUGACACCUUUAGGCUAACAGUGGUGGCCACAGAUCGAGCUCAGCCCUCGGAACGACAAUUGUCCACGGAAAAGUUGGUCACCGUGAUCGUGGAGGACAUCAACGAUAAUGCCCCUGUUUUUGUGUCCAUGAAUGCGGCUAUACUGCCACCUAAAAUUCAGACUUCGGCUGUAAUGCAAGUUCAUGCCAAGGAUGCGGACUCAUCGAGCAAUGGCUUGGUGACCUACGAGAUCGUUAGUGGCCAACAGGAGCUAUUCCGGCUUCAAAGGAACACGGGUAUUAUCACCUUUAACCCGGGACCUCAGUUCAAACAAGAGGUGCGCUAUCAGCUCACUUUAAAAGCCACCGAUGAGGCGGUUCAAAGUGAGCGUCGCAGCAGUGAGGUGUACAUCACAAUUAUAACUCCGGGUUCCGGCGGAACUGAGUCAUCCGUGCCGCAAUUCGAGCAACGGAAUAUGCUUUCCGGUUCCGUAUAUGAGAACGAACCCAUUGGCACGAGUAUUCUGACAGUCACAGCUCAUCUGGGUGCCUCGGAAAUAGAAUACUUUGUGACCAAUGUCACGGCAGGUGGAUCGCACGGGCAAGUGGACCGCUUAUUCGACAUCGAUGCCAAGUUGGGAAUCCUGUCCACAGCCGCUGAAUUGGACCGAGAGGCUGGACCCGACGACUACGAGGUGGAGGUCUACGCCAUUGCUCUUGGAGGUCAGCCACGCACAUCGAGCACCAAGGUCAGAGUAACAGUUCUGGACAAGAACGAUAGUCCCCCGCAGUUCCUCGACACUCCGUUCGUCUUUAAUGUCAGCGAGGACUUGGAGAUUGGACACACUAUCGCCACACUGCGGGCCAACGAUCCGGAUACCCUUGGUUCGGUGACUUUCCUCCUGAUGGAUGGACACGAUGGCAAGUUCCUGCUGGAGCCCACAACGGGAAAACUUCUUCUCAACGACACACUCGAUCGGGAGACAAAGAGCAAGUAUGAGCUACGGAUCCGCGUUUCCGAUGGAGUGCAGUACACAGAGGCGUAUGCUACUAUCCAGGUGAGCGAUACCAAUGACAAUCCGCCCAUGUUCGAGGAUACCGUGUACUCCUUUGACAUACCGGAAAAUGCACAGCGAGGCUAUCAAGUGGGUCAGAUUGUGGCCAGGGAUGCAGAUCUGGGACAGAAUGCCCAGCUGUCCUACGGAGUGGUAUCGGAUUGGGCCAACGAUGUGUUUAGUCUGAAUCCGCAAACAGGAAUGCUGACCCUCACGGCUCGACUGGACUACGAAGAGGUUCAGCACUACAUCUUAAUCGUUCAGGCCCAGGAUAAUGGACAUCCCAGUCUGUCCACCACCAUUACGGUCUACUGCAAUGUGCUCGAUCUGAACGACAAUGCUCCCAUUUUCGAUCCCAUGAGCUAUUCGAGUGAGGUCUUUGAAAAUGUGCCUAUCGGCAAGGAGGUGGUCACUGUUUCAGCGAAGGACAUUGAUUCGGGCAACAAUGGACUCAUUGAGUACAGUAUCACAGCAGGGGAUGCGGACUUGGAGUUUGGGAUUGAUAGUAAUGGCACAAUUCGAACUCGCCGCCAAUUAGACAGAGAACACCGAGCUCUGUACACACUUACUGUGACGGCCCGCGAUUGCGCCGAUGAGUUCGCAUCCUUCAGCGAACUGGAGGAGACGCAGUUGAAGCUCAAGUACCGAUCGCCGAGAAGAUACCAGCAGAAUCAGCAACAGUUUCUGGCCCAUCAAAAGCAGCAGAGAUUGUCGUCGACUGCGAAGGUGACGAUAAAUAUCAAAGAUGUCAACGACGAAGUACCCGUCUUCGUUUCCGCAAACGAAACGACGAUCAUGGAGAAUGUGGCCAUCAACACGGUCGUUAUCGCUGUCAAAGCUGUCGACAAUGACGAGGGCAAAAACGGUUUCAUCGCCUAUCUCAUGGAGGAGGCCAAAGUCAUGGAGGACAUGGGUCAAUCGGAACCGCAACCGCUGCCCUUCUCCCUGAACCCCACCGAUGGACAGUUGCACGUGGUGGAUGCACUGGAUCGCGAGUUGCGUUCCACUUAUCUGCUCAAUAUCACUGCCCGUGACAAGGGGGAGCCACCUCAGUCGACGGUGUCGCAACUGCUCAUCCGAAUUCUGGAUGAGAACGACAAUAGUCCCGUCUUCGAUCCGAAGCAAUACUCUGCCUCGGUGGCGGAAAAUGCCAGCAUUGGAGCGAUGGUCCUUCAAGUAUCCGCCACUGAUGUGGACGAAGGUGCUAAUGGUCGCAUUCGCUACUCCAUUGUAAUGGGUGAUCAAAACCAUGACUUUAGCAUCAGUGAGGAUACGGGUGUGGUGCGGGUGGCCAAGAAUUUAAACUACGAACGACUUUCGCGCUACUCACUUACAGUUCAUGCCGAAGAUUGUGCGCUGGAUAAUCCAGCAGGUGACACGGCCGAGUUGACCAUCAAUAUACUUGAUAUAAACGAUAAUAGGCCAACAUUUUUGGACUCCCCGUAUUUGGCGCGCGUCAUGGAGAACACAUUACCGCCGAAUGGUGGAUAUGUGCUCACGGUAAACGCCUACGAUGCCGACACACCACCCCUGAAUUCUCAAGUGCGUUAUUUCCUAAAGGAAGGCGAUAGUGAUCUAUUCCGCAUUAAUGCCUCAUCGGGUGACAUUGCAUUGCUAAAGCCAUUGGAUCGUGAGCAACAGAACGAGUAUACCCUGACAUUGGUGGCCAUGGACACGGGUUCGCCACCACUCACGGGCACGGGAAUUGUGCGAGUGGAGGUAAAGGACAUCAAUGACAAUGAUCCCGUCUUUGAUCUUCAAUCCUAUCAUGCCACUGUGCGCGAGAAUCUACCACCGGGCACUCAUGUCCUGCGACCAAAGGCCACGGAUAAAGACGAAGGACUAAAUGCCAAGCUCCGCUUUAACUUACUUGGCGAGUACAUGGAUCGCUUUCACAUUGACUCGGAAACAGGGGAGAUUACCACGGCAACUUCGUUGGAUCGUGAAUGGACAUCCGUUUACUAUCUAACACUAAUGGCCCAGGACAGUUCCAUUACCGAACCGCGAGCCACUUCCGUAAAUCUGACGAUAAGUGUGUCCGAUGUUAAUGACAAUGUUCCUAAAUUCGACGCUAGCCAUUACAACGUGGCAGUUCCGGAUAGAAUCAGUACGGGUGAGUUUGUGUUUGGAGCCCGUGCCUUGGAUUUGGAUGAAGGAGAGAAUGCUGUGGUGCAGUACAGCAUCAGUGGUAGAGAUCAGCAAUACUUCGACAUAAACACCAAGACGGGAGUGGUGAGCACAAAGCUGGAGCUCAAGAGUAAGAGUAAAUCUCCUGGUGACUUGACCUACACAAUUGUCAUAUCUGCCACCGAUCAUGGUGAUACCCCAUUGAGUUCCAAAGCAGAGCUUACUGUAAUUCUUCGACCUCCGGAGCUCUUUCCCACUUUCGCCUACUUGACCAAUAGUCACUUCACAAUGUCGGAGGAUGUACAACCGGGCAAAAUGAUAACCAAAGUUAGUGCCACAUCGCCAAAGAAGGGAUUGGCGGGUAAAAUGCGAUAUGCCAUAGCUGGCGGAAAUAUCGGAGAUUCCUUAAGGGUAGAUGCCAAUAGCGGAAUUUUGUCCGUGGGACAGGAUGGCCUGGACUAUGAGUUGACACAUCUCUACGAGAUUUGGGUAGAGGCAGCCGAUGGCGAUACCCCGAGUCUGCGUAGCGUAACUCUCAUAACUGUCAACAUAACGGAUGCCAAUGAUAAUGCACCCGUUUUGGAGCAACUCAUUUAUAAUGCAGAAGUUUUGGAAGAGGAGUCACCGCCUCAGUUGAUUGCCACAAUCAAAGCCAGCGAUCGCGAUUCCGGCGACAAUGGCAAGGUAAUCUAUCGCUUACAGAAUGAUUUCGAUGGCACCUUUGAGAUCAUGGAAUCGGGCGAGAUUUACACGAAGAUGCGACUGGAUCGUGAGGAAAUCGGUGACUACGCUUUCGUGGUGGAAGCCGUGGAUCAGGGUGUGCCCCAUUUGACGGGGACAGCCAGUGUGCUGUUGCAUCUACUCGAUAAGAACGACAAUCCGCCCAAGUUUACACGCCUCUUCUCCCUGAACGUUACCGAGAAUGCGGAGAUCGGCAGCUUUGUGAUCCGUGUGACCUCUUCCGAUUUGGAUCUGGGUGCUAAUGCAAAUGCCUCUUACUCCUUUAGUGAGAAUCCCGGCGAAAAGUUCCGCAUUGAGCCACAGAGUGGUAAUAUCACCGUUGCCGGGCAUCUUGAUCGCGAACAGCAGGAUGAGUACGUCCUGAAAGUGGUGGCCUCCGAUGGAGCUUGGCGUGCCGAAACACCCAUAACCAUCACGAUCCAGGAUCAGAACGACAAUGCACCGGAAUUCGAGCACAGUUUCUACAGCUUUAGCUUUCCGGAGCUUCAGCAAUCGAUUGCAUUGGUUGGCCAGAUCAUUGCCACGGAUCGCGACAAGCAAGGUCCCAACUCGGUGAUCUCCUACUCACUGCAGCAGCCAUCUCCAAUGUUCAGCAUUGAUCCAGCCACCGGAGAGGUCUUUAGCAAAAAGGCUGUUCGCUUCAAGCACUCUCAGUACGUUCGGUCCCCGGAGAACAUGUACGCCCUCACCGUUUUGGCAACGGAUAAUGGAAAGCCACCGCUGUACUCCGAGUGCCUGGUGAAUAUCAACAUCGUCGAUGCCCACAAUAAUCCUCCAAAGUUCGAACAGGAGGAGUACCUCGCACCAUUGCCAGAGAAUGCUGUUCGUGGCCAGCGAAUUGUUCGUGUCCAUGCAAAUGACAAACAAGAUGCGGGCAAUAACGAGAUGGACUACUCCCUGGUGUCCUCAGAUCUAAGUGCCGUCUUCAUGAUUGGUCGCCAUGAUGGUUGGAUCACUCUGGUCAGGCCAUUACAAGUGCCACCCAACACUCGAUAUGAACUGUUUGUAAGGGCAACAGAUCGAGGUGUUCCUCCACAGUCUGACGAGACUCGCGUCAUUAUCGUAGUAACCGGAGACAAUCUAGACACUCCGAGAUUCUCGGUAAACAGCUAUCAAGUGAUUGUGCCCGAGAACGAACCCGUUGGUUCCACCAUCCUAACAGUGGGUGCCACGGACAAUGAUGUCGGUCCAAAUGGCAUGCUACGAUAUGCGAUUUCUGGUGGCAACGAGCGUCAUGACUUCAGUGUGGACGAACGCACGGGCGGAAUUGUGAUACAACAGCAACUGGAUUACGAUGUGAUACAGGAAUACCAUUUGAACAUUACGGUUCAGGAUCUGGGCUAUCAACCACUAUCCGCCGUUGCAAUGCUUACCAUUAUCUUGACGGAUGUUAACGACAAUCCACCUGUGUUCAAUCAGAAGGAAUACCAUGGCUAUAUACCCGAAAACAAGCCAGCGGGCACUUUUGUGUUCCAGGCUCAUGCCACGGAUAAGGACUCGCCUAAGAAUGCCAUUAUCCAUUAUUCAUUCCUGCCCAGCGGAACGGAUCGUCACUUCUUUAUGAUGAACCAAAGCAAUGGCAGCAUUUCGUCGGCAGUUUCUUUCGAUUACGAGGAACGUCGCGUCUACACACUCCAACUUAAGGCAAAGAAUCCGGAUUCCAGUAUGGAGAGCUAUGCCAAUCUGUAUGUGCAUGUGCUAGGCGUAAAUGAGUUUUACCCGCAAUUCCUACAGCCAGUUUUUCACUUUGAUGUCUCGGAAACAUCCGCCGUUGGCACCCGAGUGGGUGCUGUUCAGGCCACGGACAAAGAUAGCGGAGAAGAUGGACGCGUCUACUACUUGUUAGUGGGUUCCAGUAACGACAAGGGAUUCGGAAUCGAUACAAACACUGGCUUGAUUUAUGUAGCUCGGCACUUGGAUCGUGAAACCCAAAACCGUGUGGUGCUCACGGUGAUGGCCAAGAACUACGGCAGCAUUCGAGGCAACGACACGGAUGAGGCUCAGGUUAUCAUCUCGAUUCAAGAUGGCAAUGAUCCUCCGGAGUUCAUUAAACACUACUACACCUCGACCAUUUCCGAAGCAGCUCCGAUCGGCACAAAGGUUACGACUGUCAAGGCUAUUGACAAGGAUGUGAGGCCGCAAAACAAUCAGUUUAGCUAUUCAAUCAUCAAUGGCAAUCUCAAGCAGAGCUUUAAGAUCGAUGUGCAGACGGGUGAGAUUAGUACGUCAAGUCACUUAGACCGCGAGGAGAUUGCCAUUAAUUUGGUGAUUGGAGCUAUAGACACUGGCUUGCCACCGCAAACGGGAAGUGCCACGGUUCACAUAGAACUCGAAGAUGUGAAUGACAAUGGUCCGACCUUCACACCCGAAGCCUUAAGUGGAUACAUUACGGAGAACGAACCAGCUGGAACUUCCAUCAUGACUCUAAUGGCUAGUGAUCCGGAUCUACCCCGAAAUGGUGGACCCUUUACUUAUCAAUUGGUUGCUGGUAAACAUAAAUCCUGGCUGAGUGUGGAUAGAAACACUGGUCUGGUCAAGUCCACAACCAGUUUCGAUCGGGAGAUCACACCCGUGCUGGAGGCCAUUAUCGAGGUGGAGGACAGCGGAAAGCCAAAACAGAAAUCGCAGCACCUACUCACAAUCACAGUUUUGGAUCAAAACGAUAAUCCUUCAACAGCAAGGAGUAUGCACUUGGCAGUCAGUCUAUUUAAUGGCGAUCUACCACCGAGUAAGCUGGCUGAUGUCCGUCCCAACGACAUUGACAUUGUGGGUGACUACCGUUGUCGCCUUCAGAAGAAUCCAGCCCAGAAUCCACAGUUGCAGUUGGCCAUUCCACGAGCCUGUGAUCUGGUUACCACAUCGCACACCACACCAAUAGCUUCGGUCUUCAGCUAUACGGGUAACGAUGGAAAGCACGGAGAUGUUAGCUCUAAAGUGAGUGUGGCUUUCCAGAGUUUCAACAACGAGACCAUGGCCAAUUCAGUGUCCAUAAUGGUGCGCAACAUGACAGCCAACCAUUUCUUGGCCAAUCACUUUAAACCAAUGCUGGAGAUGAUCAAGUCCAGAAUGGGCAACGACGAUGAAAUCCUUUUGUACAGUCUGCUCGAGAGUGGAGAAGGCAACUCCACAAGUCUUCAAGUGAUAUUGGCCGUUAAGUCGGCAAAGAGUAUGUACGAACCGCCCAAGCAUUUGAUUGAACGCAUGCGGGAGAAGCGAUCUGCAUUCUCGGAACUCCUUCAAAAGGAGGUGAUUGUCGGCUACGAACCAUGUAGCGAACCGGAUGUGUGCGAAAAUGGAGGAGUCUGCAGUGCCACCAUUCGACUUCUGGAUGGCCACAACUUUGUUAUCCAGGACAGUCCUUCUUUGGUGCUAAGUGGACCCCGAAUCGUUCACGAUUAUAGUUGCCAGUGCACCAGCGGAUUCUCCGGAGAUCAAUGCAGCCGUAGACAAGAUCCUUGCCUGCCGAAUCCUUGCCAUUUGCAAGUCCAAUGCCGUCGCUUAGGUGCCGACUUCCAGUGCAUGUGUCCUGCCAAUCGGGAUGGCAAACAGUGCGAAAAGGAGCGCAGUGAUGUGUGCUACAGCAAGCCAUGUCGCAAUGGGGGAAGUUGUCAACGAAGCUCGGAUGGAUCGUCCUACUUCUGCAUUUGUCGCUCUGGAUUCCGCGGCAAUCAGUGCGAGAAUAUUGCCGACUCGUGUCGUCCCAAUCCCUGUUUACAUGGCGGAUUGUGUGUCAGUUUCAAGCCGGGAUACAAGUGCAACUGCACGCCAGGACGUUAUGGAAGGCAUUGUGAGCGCUUUAGCUAUGGAUUCCAACCGCUGUCCUAUAUGACUUUUCCGGCCCUGGAUGUCACCACCAAUGACAUAUCGAUUGUUUUCGCCACCACCAAACCCAACUCCUUGUUGCUCUACAACUACGGAAUGCAGAGCGGCGGAAGAUCCGACUUUCUGGCCAUUGAACUGGUGCACGGCAAAGCUUACUUCUCUUCUGGAGGAGCACGUACUGCCAUUAGCACAGUGAUUGCCGGACGGAAUUUGGCCGAUGGCGGAUGGCACAAGGUCACGGCCACUCGAAAUGGCCGUGUUAUGUCGCUCAGUGUGGCCAAAUGUGCGGAUUCCGGGGAAUUGUGCACGGAAUGCACACCCGGAGAUUCCAGCUGCUAUGCGGAUGAAGUGGGACCCGUGGGAACUCUCAACUUCAAUAAGCAGCCACUGAUGAUUGGCGGCUUGUCAUCGGCUGACCCAAUUCUGGAACGUCCUGGCCAAGUCCACAGUGAUGAUCUUGUUGGCUGUCUGCACAGUGUGCACAUUGGAGGACGUGCUCUGAACCUGAGCUCACCGCUUCAGCAGAGGGGCAUUUUGCCGGGUUGCAAUCGACAGGCGUGUCAACCAGCUUUGGCCGCCGAACGAUGUGGAGGAUUUGCGGGACAAUGCAUAGAUCGAUGGUCCAGUUCGCUAUGUCAGUGUGGCGGCUAUUUGCAGUCGCCCGAUUGCUCGGACUCGCUGGAACCCAUUACCCUGAGUGGUGGGGCCUACGUGGAGUUUAGGAUCUCUGAGAUUUAUCGCCGGAUGCAGCUGCUGGACAAUCUUUAUAGUAGCAAAAGUGCCUGGCUGGAUAAUAGUCAGUCGUCAGUAAGGGAGCGUCGUCAAGUGAGUGCUGCAGGCAACCUAAGUACCGCUUCCCAGAUCUACGAGGCCCCCAAAAUGCUGAGCUUACUCUUCCGCACUUUUAAGGAUAACGGACAAAUCCUUUACAUGGCCACCAAUCAAAUGUUCACCUCGCUAUCGCUACAAGAAGGCCGUUUGGUUUACUACUCCAGGCAGCAUCUUUCCAUCAACAUGACAGUGCAGGAACCUUCUGCGCUCAACGAUGGCAAAUGGCACAAUGUUAGUUUGUUUAGCGAAAGUCGAAGUCUGAGGCUACUGAUCGAUGGCCGUCAAGUGGGCGAUGAGCUGGACAUAGCCGGAGUACAUGACUUUUUGGAUCCCUAUUUGACCACCUUCAAUGUGGGUGGAGAAGCCUUCGUUGGCUGCCUGGCAAAUGUCACCGUUAACAACGAACUGCAACCGCUGAAUGGUUCAGGCAGCAUCUUUGCCGAAGUUCGACAUCAUGGAAAAAUCGAGUCGGGCUGCAGUGGCGACAUGGGUCAAGAUGCCGCCCAAGUGGCCGAUCCCCUAAGCAUUGGCAUCACUUUGGUGAUUGUCUUUUUCGUCAUCCUAGUGGUGGCCAUACUCGGCUCCUAUGUGAUCUAUCGUUUCCGUGGCAAGCAGGAGAAGAUCGGCAGUUUGAGUUGCGGUGUGCCCGGUUUUAAGAUCAAACAUCCCGGUGGUCCAGUGGCGCAGAGUCAAGUGGAUCAUGUCUUGGUGCGUAACCUCCAUGCCAGUGAGGCACCGACGCCGCCCGUGGGAGCUGGCGAUCAUAUGCGACCACCAGUUGUUGGUGGUCAUCACUUGGUGGGUCCCGAACUGCUCACCAAGAAAUUUAAGGAGCCCACGGCGGAAUUACCUCAACCACAACAACAGCAACGUCCUCAGCGUCCAGAUAUCAUCGAACGGGAGAGUCCAUUGAUACGGGAGGAUCACCAUUUGGCCAUUCCUCCACUCCAUCCUCUGCCGCUUGAGCACCCCGGCUCUGUGGACAUGGGUUCCGAGUACCCCGAGCACUAUGACCUGGAGAAUGCCAGCUCCAUUGCGCCCUCGGACAUUGACAUUGUGUAUCACUACAAGGGCUAUAGGGAAGCGGGUGGUUUGCGCAAAUACAAGGCCACUGCUCCACCAGUUUCUGCCUAUACGCAUCACAAACACCAGAGUUCUGGUCCCCAGCAGCAGCAGCAGCCGCAGCACCGUCAUGCUGCGCCAUUUGUGAGCCGGAAUCAAGGUGGACAACCACCGCCACCGCCCACCAGUGCAUCGCGAACUCAUCAGAGCACUCCGCUGGCCAGGCUUUCACCCAGUUCCGAGUUGAGUUCCCAACAGCCGCGUAUCCUAACCCUACACGAUAUAUCUGGAAAGCCACUGCAGAGUGCUUUACUGGCCACCACAUCAAGUUCCGGUGGUGUGGGCAAGGAUGUCCACAGCAACAGUGAACGCAGCCUAAACAGUCCGGUGAUGUCGCAACUGUCGGGUCAAAGUUCCAGUGCCAGCAGGCAGAAGCCCGGGGUUCCACAGCAGCCAACGCAACAAACUUCCAUGGGUUUGACUGCCGAGGAGAUUGAGCGAUUGAAUGGCAGACCAAGAACUUGUAGUUUAAUAUCCACCCUGGAUGCCGUCUCCUCGAGUAGUGAGGCACCUCGAGUGUCGAGUAGUGCCCUCCACAUGGACGUGGAUGCUCACAGUUCCACUUCCACCGAUGAGAGUGGCAACGAUAGCUUCACCUGCUCAGAGAUUGAGUAUGAUAAUAACAGCCUGAGUGGCGAUGGCAAGUAUUCGACCAGUAAGAGUCUGCUGGAUGGACGUAGUCCGGUUUCAAGAGCCCUCAGUGGAGGUGAUGCUAGUAGGAAUCCACCGACGAGUGUGGUCAAGACCCCGCCCAUUCCGCCGCAUGCCUACGAUGGAUUUGAGUCAUCGUUUCGCGGAUCACUGAGUACUCUGGUGGCCAGCGAUGAUGAUAUAGCCAAUCAUCUGAGUGGAAUCUAUCGCAAGGCCAAUGGUGCCGCAUCGCCAUCGGCCACCACACUUGGUUGGGAAUAUCUACUCAACUGGGGUCCCAGCUACGAAAACCUGAUGGGUGUCUUUAAGGAUAUCGCCGAACUUCCCGACACAAAUGGACCUGCCGCACAGCAGCAACAACAGCAGCAAACACAAGUGGUGUCCACGCUAAGAAUGCCAUCAUCAAAUGGACCGGCGGCUCCAGAGGAGUAUGUGUAGUAUAUAUAAUAAUAUAUCACAUUCGAUUGCGCCUAUUUCCUACAAGUAUUUCCGUUUUGGUGAAAAAAACAAGGGAUAUUCCGGAUAAAACAUAUAUGUAAAUUUUGUGUAAAGUUGCAUCCUUUCAUAGUAGAUGUUAAGUAAUGCCAUUUUAUUUCGCAAUGUACAACGAAAACGUAACGAGAAUAGCUAGUAAGUUAAAGAAAGCGUAGAAUCAAGCAUUUUUUAGGAUAAUAAGCCUUUAAUCUUAACUAAACGCCUUGUAUCAAGGUACGAACCAUCCUAAGUGCACUUCCGUUAAAGGGUUCGAUAGCGAAACUGUAACGACUGAUACUUCCGUACAUUAACAAACCCAUUAAUUGCUGAUCUGAUUUCUGUACUUGUGUAAAUGAUUUCCCCGAGUGCUAUAUUAAGAUAACUUCAGCAACGCCUAUGUAUUGAAUUUUGAUCGCCAUUUAAGUACAUUUUAACAUUGUUCUAAUUUAUUGACAAUCUCGCCAACAUCCCCUAAAUGCCUUAGUUGUAGUCAUAGACAAUUAAUUUCAGAGAUACUUCGCAUUCCUUUAGAUGUAGCCUAAUAAAAAAACCGUGUAUAUGUAUGUAAGUUUGUAUUUUUAAUUCGUAGUAAAAUGUUAUUAAAUACAUAUUAACCAUG